AUGCCUAUGAUUGUCAAUGUAUGGGAAUGUAGAGUGGAGCGACCUCUCUGGAGGGCAUUUCGGUUGCUGUUUGGAAUGCUUUAUCCUGCAUAUUAUUCAUACAAAGCUGUGAAAACAAAAAACGUGAAGGAAUAUGUUCGAUGGAUGAUGUACUGGAUUGUUUUUGCUCUCUAUACUGUGAUUGAAACAGUAGCAGAUCAGACAGUUGCUUGGUUCCCCCUGUACUAUGAGCUUAAGAUUGCUUUUGUCAUAUGGCUGCUCUCUCCCUAUACCAAAGGAGCAAGUUUAAUAUAUAGAAAAUUCCUUCAUCCACUUCUUUCUUCAAAGGAAAGGGAGAUUGAUGAUUAUAUUGUACAAGCAAAGGAACGAGGCUAUGAGACUAUGGUAAACUUUGGGCGGCAAGGAUUAAAUUUAGCAGCUACUGCUGCUGUCACCGCAGCUGUAAAGAGCCAAGGAGCAAUAACUGAACGUUUACGAAGUUUCAGUAUGCAUGAUCUAACGACCAUCCAGGGUGAUGAACCUGUGGGACAAAGACCCUACCAAACCCUCCCAGAAACAAAAAAGAAAAGUAAACUCGCCUCCAGUGAAUCAGCAGGUUAUGGAAUUCCACUGAGAGACGGAGAUGAGAAAACAGAUGAGGAAGCGGAUGGGCCAUAUUCAGAUGAUGAGAUGGUGGCACACAAAGGGCUUCGAAGAUCGCAAAGCAUGAAAUCUGUGAAAACCGUGAGAGGCCGCAAAGAGGUGCGGUAUGGGUCACUAAAAUAUAAAGUAAAGAAGAGACCACAGGUGUAUUUUUAGUCAUAUACACUUCAAGUAUCCCAAGACAAAUUAUGCUAAUACAUCGACUUUUUUUUCUAACAUUAUAUAUUCAGGAUUUACACAUUAAAAUAAUUAUUUAAAUCGUGGCGGUGAUAGGGUUUACUUUCAUCAAUUUAAAGGUUUUACUUCUUUAACAAUUACUUCCAAAUCUUGACUACUAAAGGUAGUUAUGCAAAACAUAUAUGUGUGUGUGUGUGUGUGUGUGUGUAUCAGAAAUAAUAAAAAAUUGUGUUAUCUGUUUUGAAAUUACUCCACAACAUUGAGUGCCUGGGAUAUGAGAUGAAACGCAAACCCACAGUAUACUUGAAAAGAGUCUUUUUAUGGUUAAGAUACAUCAGCCUUUGUGGUAAUGUAUUGUGUUUACCUCCAUUUAUGUUAUAUCUGUCACAUGAGGAUAGUAAUUAAAUGGGCCUCUGAUCCAGCAAUGAUAGAACAAGGGCAUAAUGUAAGAUAAAGUAAGUUUUAUGUAUUCCUGAUGUUUUUACUUUUUUAAUCCUUUCUAGUUUUUCCACCAUCAAUGAAAGUUUUCAAAACAAACAUUUGAAAACCAGGUAUCCACAUAGCACUUUUAUUCCUGACUAGUUUUGCACACUUGAAAGUUGUUUACUUAUUUUGCAACUGUACAUUUAUUUUGUUUUAUUGACGCUAUCUUUAUCGUUAAUUGUCAUAUUCUAACAUGUCAAAUUUAUGCCUUGAAUUGCAUCAUCUCUUUUCCUGUGGGUUUUGUUAAAUUUAUUUGAUUUUAAUAAUAUAAAAAUAUAGCUAAUUUUUCAAUUUUAAUUAUUUCUAAUUAUCUUUACAGAUAAGAAGUUAAAUAAACAUUAACCAGUUUUCCAUAGUUAGCUCUAAAUAGUGGUUGAACUUAGCAUGUUCUUAACAACACUGGUUGUAUUUUCAGCCUUUAAAAGUAGUAGCUUUUGUGAAAUAGUGUCGGAGACCAGUAUAGCAUUUAGGUCUCUUCUAAUUCAAUGAAAUUAUCCCAACAGCCAGUCCAUUCACAAGCUUGGCACUGAUGUGAGCUGCAGAUUUAUAAAUCUGGCAUUGACUAGAAUCAUUUGAACCACUUCGCUUCUGGCGAAGAUAAUUUCCUGAAGCUAGGUGCCAGUGCAAAAUGCAGACAUUGUUAAUCUUACUUAUUAGAAGCUGUAAGAAUAGAUAUUAGAAAAUUAUUAUUUUUUCAAUCCAAGAUAUUUUGAAUUACUGAACUUUAAGGGUUUUUUAGGUUGCAUUGAUAACUAUGCAUUAUGAAUUCCAAGCCCAUAUAUUUCUAGUGAUGAUUUUAGUGAGCAGAAAUCAAACUUGACAAUUAUACUUGUUCAGAUAAUUUACUGUUCUACUUGUUUGUCCAAAAGAAAAAACGAGAGAGAUUUGUGAGCUCUUUGACCUUUCUACUUUUUAAGAAGUGAAGCUGGCUGGCAGUUUAUAUUUAGGACCUCCUCAGAGUGUUGGCAGAGAACAAUGUUUACUGAGGAGGGCCCUAAUAUAAUUCAUGUAUUUCUCUUGAGAUAUCUUAAGAUGUUUUCUAGAUUAUCUCACAUCCUUGAUAUAUAAAGUAAGUAAAAAAUCAUUCAACUUCUUUUCUCCCAAAGUUUAAUUCUAUGAAUAUCUUCAUCUACUUUACCUUGACUGAUUUUUACCCUCUUAGUUUCUGGAAAGACUCUUUGAUUUGUGUUCAAAAUUCCGGUGAAUUCUGAUUAUAAAGUCUUGGAAGAGAGUUUUAUUUAUAUUUCCUAAUACUAGACAUUAAUAGAAAUGCUACGCCAUACUUGUCUUUCCUACCCGAAGGCAGUGUCAUAUCAAAUUGCCUGACAAGGUCAUGUUAGUGACUUUGUAUCAAAAACAUUACCUGUGGGGGCUGAUUUGUACCAUUUUAUCUUUUUCAAGUCUAAUCUCAGUAUUAAACCUAUUCUUUAAUAAUGGCAAACUCAUAUAUACUGUUCUAAGUUGGAGGAAUUAUUUAUCCCUCUACACUUCUAGAAUCGAAACGUUUAAUCAAAGACAACACCAAUCCCAAAGAGGUGAUGCAAGUCCUUCUGUUUAAUUGUAUCUCUUCCCACUCAUAAUGCUUCCCCUGAUAUAUUUCUACUGUUACAUCCUUACAUAUAGCCGAUGUCAUCUUGCUGUUCUAUCAUUUCCUUUCUCUCCUUUUCUUACAUUGCUUAAAGUUUGCUUAUUUUCUCUUAUGUGUUUUAGCGUGCCCUUUCCUUUGAACUUUGUAUAAUAAGCUUAUAAAUUUUUUUCCUGUUAAGGUGGUGCAGGUCAUUUUUUGUUUCUCUGCUUUUAAGCGUAGUGUUUUUAAAAGAGGUAUAUUCAUCCCUAGACCACAGUGCCUUGCUUUCCCACCACCACCACUUGGUGAGUGAGCAUCAGAUGCUGCAGAAGCCUAUUUAGGGCGCUAUUUUGGUAGCUGUUAAAGUUUAUCUGGAAAUUGUAGCCAGUGUUUUAUUUUAUUCUAUAUUCAUUCAACUUGUUAAUUAAUAUUAACUAUUUCCAGAGUUUGUUUAGAAGUAAGAAUUGGUCUGUUCUUUAGUUUACCAUAUUUUUUUCUGGUAUAAAAAUGAGGCAGAAAUAACCCUUACUGCUAAGUAAUUAAUUGUGUAAACCCACCUAGGUCCUGCAUAAGAUUCCCUCCAUGCACUUCAUUAUAUGCAUGUGGAUUUGGCUAGAAAAUUAUACUGCCAGCACUACUAAUUAUAAAUACUUGACACAGAUUGAUGGAACAAAAUUAUUAAAGUGUUUUCAGGGAACUUAAUCCAUAUGUCAUCACCAAAGAUUUCUACAGUGUUAUAAAGUAUGUAAAUAUUCCAAAUUUCUAUAAAACAUUGGUUAGAUAAAUAUGUUUUCUUUCGUUUUUUUGGAAUGACACAGUUUGUGCUUCUGGAAUGCUUGAAGUUUUGUAUUGUUAAAAAUAAUACAAUACUAUCUUAUAUUAAACAUCAUUAAUUUGUAUUUUUAAUUGGAAUGGACUAAAUUUUUAUUUUGAUUUCCUUUUAUCAGGAAAAUUAAGGCAUUAAUAUGUAUUGAAAAGCAAUUUCCUGUGUUUUCUCUUGUGUAGGUUGAUUCAUUUGCAAAGCAAUUAGGUAAAUUUUGAGAAGAGCAUUGUCACUGGUAUGCAGUGUGUAUUUCUUAGUAAGCAUCAUUUAAGAGUAGACCUUUCUGAAAGGAAAGUACAGCUUUUUUCUCUAAAUGUUUCUUAAGAUUUAAUCUUCUACUAGUAGCCUACAGUUUUAAUGUAUAUUAACUCUUUAAACAUUGACCAUGAAUUAAUAUUUUCUCUUCUAAACCUUUUAAAUCUAUGUACUUUAAUAUUAAUAGUUAAGAGAAAGCAGUUUUGUAAUUUUUUAAUCCUUUGUAAAGGCUAUCUUUAGGCCUAGAAUGGGGGUAAUUUUACAAAUGUGUUUUUUGAAAACAUAAUAUAAAAUAAACUCAUUUUAUUAG